UUAGCUGUUAGCCUACAGGCUAACUAACAUGCUGCAGUUAUCUCAGCAGUGACUGAGAAGUAAUUUAAAUUACCGUCGGAGGAGUUUAAGCUCAAAACAGCAUUGGACUUUUUUUUUAUUGAUUUAUCAGGAUAAAGUUGUUGUUGGUGGGUUCCGGUGUUUGGUGAAGAUGUGGAGCUCAGGCCGCCGUGUCCUUCAGGAGCUGCUGGUCCUGCCGGCUGUCCGGAGCUUCUCCCUCAGCUCUGCUCAGAACACGGUGGUGGUGGAGCGAUGGUGGAAGGUGCCUUUAUCGAAAAUCGGCAGUCCGCCGAGGCUUCACCCUCGAAGACACCGAAUCUACAAGCUGGUUGAAGACACCAAACACUCUCCCAACGAGAAGAUGGAGCUCAUCCUGACUCAGACUGUACCCAGGCUCGGUGGGCGAGGAGAAACUGUGCUUGUUAAAAAGUCUAUCGGCAGAAAUAAGCUGCUGCCCCAAGGCCUCGCAGUGUAUCCUUCGCCGGAGAACAAAGAGAUGUUUGCCGAGGAGACGAGACUUCUGCGUGAGGGGAAACCAGAGGAUAGAAUCCAAACACGCACCGGACUAUUGACAGUGGAGCUCUUAAAAAAAACCCAGGUGAAGAUACAGAAAGUACCCACAGAUGAAUUCCAGGUCACUAAAGAGGUCGUCUGCCGACACUUUCAGAAGCGGCUGGGAAUCGUCGUGCCAACUCAUGCACUGACUCUCCCAUCCGAGUCAAUCAAGGACUUGGGUGACUACUGGUGUGAAGUUACGGUUAAUGGAAUAGAUACAGUACGCAUGCCCAUGUCGGUGGUACCAUAUGAGGACCCGUCUGCAAGUUACCAGCGACAGUUGAAGGCUCAAAGGCUGCAGCAGGAGCAGGCGGCCGCAGAAACUUCAGAAGCUGCUGCUGAGGAGGCAGAUUGUGAUGCUGAAGCAGGUAAAGACUCUGUGAGUCAAGUUAGCGAAGCUGCAGACUCAGCAGGAGUCUCUGCUGAAGAAACUGCAACAAGCACACAAACCAGUCAAGACACAACAGCUCCACCAAGUGACAGCCCGAAAAAAGAUUAAAGGACUCCAAAUGAAGAUGUGCAUAGAAGUACAGUGGAUAUUGUUUACCUGUAAUACAUAUUGUACAUGCAUAAAA